AUGAUUACCCUACGACACCCGUUGAAUUCCUACUUUACACGACAGAAGACUCUGUUCUACUUUCUCUUCUGGGGCGCCCACAUCGCCGUCUUCGCGGUCGGAUGGCACAUACAGGCCGCCAACACAAAGUUGGCCGCUCUCAAUCGCCUCAAGUACUCGGUGUACAUCUCGCGAGGUGCAGGGCUCGUCCUAACCUUCGAUGGAACGCUGAUCAUCCUGCCGAUGUGCAGGAAUCUCAUCCGACUGCUGCGUCCCCGAAUCCGAUGGCUUCCUCUGGAGGAGACGGCAUGGUUCCAUCGGCAGACCGCGUACGCCCUUCUCCUCUUCGUCAUCCUCCACGUCGCCGCGCACUACGUCAAUUUUUAUAACGUCGAGAAGGAUCAAAUCCGCCCGAACACUGCGGUGCAGAUGCACUUCACUGAGGCCGGCGGAAUCACUGGCCAUGUCAUGCUCUUCUGCAUGAUGCUCAUGUACACGACCUCCCAUCAUCGCAUUCGCCAGCAGUCCUUCGAGACCUUCUGGUACACCCACCAUCUGUUCGUGCCGUUCCUCCUGGCUCUCUACACGCACGCCACUGGGUGCUUUGUGCGGGAUACAAAAGAGCCCAUCUCCCCGUUCGCCGGACACCGCUUCUGGAACCACUGCCUCGGAUACGAAGGCUGGCGAUGGGAGCUAGUGGGCGGCGGUCUCUACCUCAUCGAACGACUGUAUCGUGAGAUCCGAUCCCGACGGCAAACCGUCAUCACCAAGGUGAUCCGUCACCCCUACGACGCCAUGGAAAUCCAAUUCCGCAAAGACAGCAUGAACUACAAAGCCGGACAGUGGCUCUUCAUCCAAGUCCCCGAGGUCUCCAGCAACCAAUGGCACCCAUUCACCAUCACCUCGUGCCCCUUCGAUCCAUAUGUGAGCAUCCACGUCAGGCAGGUAGGCGACUUUACGCGCGCGCUCGGCGACGCGCUGGGCUGCGGGCCGGCGCAGGCGCGCGACCUCGAGGGCCUGGACCCAAUGGGCAUGUACGAGGUGGCGCUGGAGAACGGGCAGAAGAUGCCGACGCUGCGGGUGGACGGGCCGUACGGAGCGCCGGCGGAGGACGUGUUCGAGAACGAGAUCGCGGUGCUGAUCGGCACAGGCAUCGGCGUGACGCCGUGGGCGUCCAUCCUCAAGAACAUCUGGCACCUGCGCGCGGGGCCCAACCCGCCGCGCCGGCUGCGCCGUGUCGAGUUCAUCUGGGUCUGCAAGGACACCACCUCGUUCGAGUGGUUCCAGGCGCUGCUGUCGUCGCUGGAGUCGCAGUCUGCGUCUGCGGCGGCUAGCCAGGGCAGCGCGGAGUUCUUGCGGAUCCACACGUAUCUCACGCAGCGGUUGGAUGACGAUACCGCCGCGAAUAUCUACCUCAACUCCGUCGGGCAGGACCUUGAUCCGCUGACGGAGCUGAAGAGCCGCACGAACUUCGGACGGCCCGAUUGGAGCCGCCUCUUCUCGGCUAUGCGCAACGGUCUCAAGGACCAGUCGUAUAUGUCGGGCUUGCAUCGGUUCAAGACCGAGGUCGGGGUGUACUUCUGCGGGCCGAAUACGGCGGCGCGCCAGAUUAGCGAGGCUGCCCAUGCGACGUCGAGCAAGGAUGUGAAGUUCAAGUUCUGGAAGGAGCACUUCUAA